GGACAUCUAUUUCCCUUGCUCACUGCUCCGUACUCCGUACUCACAGCUUUUGCGACUUUGCCUGGACAAUCAAUACACCCCCGUCCGUCUCCGAACAUCAUCCUGGACAUAUUUGACAUCCACUUUCCCACUCCGAAGCAGUAACAAAACAAAAACAAAUACAACAAAAACCCAUAAUAAAAUCAAGACGUCCCGGACAACCUGACGAUCCUCUCUGUAUCACCCACCGUCGCGAACCCCCGUCCUACAUCAAGCACACCGAAGGCUGAAGCAACGUCAACUCAAUUUCCUCCUCCCGUCUCCAAAGAACGAAACCCGCCCGCGACGCAACGUCUUUUACACUUUUGAACCAAAGCAACUCUGAGCUCCGCGUUUCUCCAGUCUUCAUUAAACUCCAACCUGCAGGCUGACGACUAGCCCCAAUCUGUCCGAAUCGCAUUCUGCGUCAAGUGCCGCAGCCCAGGGGCCUUGAGCUAAUCUUAACCUGCGGUUCCUACAGGCUGCCUGUGCCAUUCGUCUAGGUAUCCUACCUAGUACCUCACUAUUGGAAGGGGAGGGAGAUCAAGCUUCAGUCCAGUGAACCGGUCCUAUUUCCGCCUUGCAGCAUCUGCACACCACCACAUCUGCUUAGCAGCAAACCCGUGGGCCGUGGCAAAGGGGGGAAAAGUGGUCUCGUGGCCUGCGAUCGACCAACCGGAGACUUGAGACUGGGCAGACGAAAGCCCAUAAGCUGCUGCAAAAGCAAGUCAUAGUGUCAAGCAAGGGGGGGCAAUUGAGCAAGUUCGCGCAUCGGGUCCAACGAGGAAUCAAGCGAGCAGCACGACGCAACCACCAACCACCAACCACGCAAACCAAGCACAUACGCAUCUAAAGUACGCACACAAACCAACUCAACUUUGUAUCCGUACCUUACCUUAGGCAAGGGGGGACACCUAGCAGCAACUGCAUUGUAUCCAUCCUUGGCUUGCAGACUUCAUUCAGCAAAGUACCGUACCUUACCUCACUUGCGCAAGGUACCCGCAAGAGAGAGCAAGGCAAAGCAAACAAUUCAUCCAGCUGCACUCGACGUACCAACGCAGAUACGCACACGCUCGAUAUCCCUCAUCGGCAUCUGCCACUUUAUUCUGUCUUUGAUCACGCACCCACGCAAAUCGCAACCGCAACGCAACGCAACAUAACGCAGCAGUCGCAGCCGCACGCCGCACGCCUCGGGAUCCAAUACCACCUCGAACCUGGCCUGACCACGCGCGAAACCACCCUCGCCGAUCGAUUCGGCCCCUCGUCCGCCCUCCUUCGCCGGAAUCCUGAACCUGGUCCCUGACACCCCUUCCCCUUCCACGCCCUCCUACUGCGUACCCGUACCUAACUAUCCGUACGGGAAACUCUUCCACCUCCCUGGCGCGAACCACACCGUCAUCCCCCGUCAUCCCGCCCGCUCUCCGUUCCCGUCCCCGUCCCAGCCCAUCCUCUCACACCUCUCUCCCACUCCCACUCCCACUACCACUCCUAGGCGGCCCAGGCUCAGCCUCCAGGCCACCCCCUCCAACUCAAAGACAUGCAGCGAUCCGGACCACCUCCCACGACCGCCAAUGCGCCAUUCUUCUCCUCCUCCUUCUUCUCCUCUUCUUCCUCAAAAUCCCGUCCCGGCACCUCCUCUGGCGAACCACCGGAAAAGUCCCAGUCCCAACCACCACCGCAACCGUCCCCCUUCUUCCCGCCGCCCCUCCAACCGCAGUCCUCCGGCCCCAACGUCCUCAUCAAGGACCGCAAGAACUCCUUUGGCCGCAAGACCUCCUUCAGCUCGCCCAACAAGUCCUCCUCCCUAUCCUCCUCCUCCUCCAAGCGCCGCGCCAACAGCUCCAGCUCCGGCGGAGGAGGCAAUGUCGUAGUCACCGACCGCAACGUCCCGCCCGCACUCCCCGACUUCGCCCUCGCCGCCGCCGCAAAGAUCACCCGCGACGCAGACAACAUCCAGAGCCCCGCCUCCGCCGACAGCUUCUCCAGGAUGCUGAGCCGUACCCAGACCGGCUCGACGAGCCUGGCGCCCAGCGACCGCCUACAGCCGCCGCCCACGUCCGCGACACAUCCCAACAUGUGGCAGUCGAGCGAGUCUGUCGUGUUGCACAUGCAGAUGCAGGAGAUUGCGAACAAGAGGAUAUCAACGUUGGACUAUCUACGGAAAGCACACGAAGGCCGAGUAUACUGGUUCAACACAAUCCUCUUCGACAAGCCCGACCUCGCCCGCAUGCCCUCCUUUGAGUCGCGCAAACUCGCCCGCCGCGCAACAAACUACCUCCUCCUCGGCCUCUCCCUCCCCACGAUCGUCGACCUCUACGCAAACACCCCCAUCGAGUUCCUCCGCAGCCUCAACAACCUCCUCCAAGAAUUCGAGUCCUUCCAACAACUCCACAGCGAAGGCGGCACUUCCACCUCCUCCCUCUCCCGCGCCCGCCUCCCCUCCAUGUUCCGCCGCCAGGGCGGCAAAUCACGGCGCAGCACCAGCGGCGCAAACGACAUCGGAUACCCCCUCGACUCGGACUCGGCGAGCGGCGGAAGCUACGGCGGCAUCGGGGGCUCGUCGAGCGCGAGCGCGAGCGUCAUGUCCUUUGCGUCGAGCGACAACGAUCUGUUGCCGGGGGAGGUGUACACGCACCUGCUCACGCCGUCGCUGCCGUUCGAGCCGGAUUUCUACGAGACGUUUGCGACGCUGUGCGAGGUGCUGAUUGACGUCUACACCAAGGUGCUGAGCCUGGUGCCCACGCCGCGGGAGACGACGGCGCCCGUGGCGGAGCUGUUUGCGAAAGCGGACACCAAAGUGCGCAAGAUUAUCGUGCAGGGCGUCGUCAAGGAGUUUGAGGACAGCAGCAGGUCGCACAUCAAGACGGAGGUGGCCAAUAUCGGCAAGGUUGUGCUCGGUGGGCUUAUGUGAUGGAGAGAACACGUACGGGAUAUAUGGGACCCAUGUCUGGAACGAUUUGCAUUGUUUUUGUCUACGGAGUUCUUCUCUCUUUGGCGCACCCCUUUUACGAAUGGAUGGUUCAUGUUUGAAACGUGGAAGAAAUUUUCGGCGCAGGGCACGUUAUGACGAGGC